AUGAACCCGGCUGCAGAGGCGCGUGCGGGUAUGCUCCAUCCUCAGAGCGUGCCCCCCACCCGUCCCGAGGAGUUCCUGCUGAUGCCCAGCCCGCUGGUGUGCCAGCGUGCAAAGCCAUACCUCAUCAACAUGGUUACCUCAGCUCCUGCCAACCAGCGAGCCCGCCAAGCUAUCAGGGACACCUGGGGAGGGGAGGUGGGGGUGAGAGGUCAGCGUGUCAUGACCUUCUUCAUGGUGGGCGUCACUUCUGACCCUGGGAUGGGUAAGAUUCUAAUAGAAGAAGCCCGGGAGAAAGGAGAUCUAAUUCAAGGGCGGUUUUUGGACAACUACUCCAACCUGACUCUGAAGACCCUGUCCAUGCUGAGCUGGACCCGCAGGUUCUGCCCACAGGCUCACUUCAUGGCCAAAGUGGAUGAUGAUGUGUUGUUCAACCCCAGCACCCUCUUACACUUUUUGAACAGAAGCCGGAACCCCUACGAGCAGGAGGACUUGUAUCUGGGCAGGGUGCAUCUCCAUGUUGCUCCUGACCGUAACCCGGACAGCAAACACUACCUCCCCUCAGGAGCCUACCCUCUGUCAGUCUUCCCAGACUAUUGCAGUGGAACAGCGUAUGUUCUGUCUCGCUCUGCGCUGCUAAAAAUCUCCCUGGCAGCCUCUGCCUCCCCCCUGUCCACACCCCUUCCCCCCGAGGAUGUGUUUGUGGGUCUUUGCGCCCGGACAGCAGGAGUGCUGCCCACGCACUGCCCGCUCUUCUCUGGUGGUCCAGGUGUGCCAUACGGGCGUUGCUGCUACCAGGCCAUGGUGUCCAUACACCACACAUCACCCAAAGAGAUGCUGCAGUACUGGACCGAAGUUCAUACGUCACCCCCCUGCUCCUGGCUGAGGCUAAGGGCCUCUCUGGGAGUGUGCAAAGUGAAGGCAAUGCUGAGCUCAGCCUUGAGGCUAUGA